UUCAGGAACAAGAGAUGCCACCGGGGUUACGUUUACUGCCUUAUUCGAGGCCAUUAACUCCCACCCCAGAAGAAGGGAUGGAUCCCCCACGUCAAGAGAUUGGUACCCAACCCUUACCACCUCAUAAUGUGCAACUUGUGCAUGAGGUGACUGCAUCUAGUAGUGUUGCAUCACAUGACAGACGUGGUCGUGGUCCAACACGCGGCAUACAAACCCAACGCAUUGUCCAGAAAAAUGAAAAGAUGUUGGUUCCUGUACCUGAACAUUUCCGUGCGCCAGUGGGAGAUCAAGCCUCUAAGUUGGCCUCCAAGAUUGGCAUAGAGGAUCAGUUUGAUCUACAAGGCAAUCCGAGUGAUGUAGCAAGGACUUUAAACACACAGUUUGGUCGGCGAUUGAGUAGCUUCACCUAUAGGUUGCACAAACAAUACAAGCAACUUAAGGAUGCAAGAGGGGAGGAGUACGCGAGAAGCCACCCACCUACAAGUGUUACUCUUAAUCAAUGGACAUCUCUAAUUGACAAGAAGUGGAAUAGUAAAGAAUUCAUGGAACAAUCACUAACUAAUGUGAAUAAUAGGAUGCAAAUGAAAACAAAACAUAGAUGUGGAUCAAAAUCAAUCCCGGUUAGGGUGCACAACUCGAUAAUUGCAAAUGGAGAAGUUCCUGAUUUGCCAAAGUUUUACAAGUCCAUCCACUAUAAUUCGAACACACAUGAAUGGAUUUCGUCGGAGAGCCAAGCUAAUUAUGACAACAUGAUAAAGACGCAAGCCGAACACCUCUCGAAGACUGGUGUGAUCCCUUUAAGCUAA